GGGCUCGUUGGAAAGAUGAAAGAGGAGAAGGAUGCUAAAUAAUACUCAGUUUCGGUUGGGGAUGAUUCGACUGGCACUCUCAGCCCUACAGGAUUGGAUGGGGGGAAGAUAUAUCUCAUAUUGAUAGCAAAGCUCCUUGAGGGACUGCGGACUAAGUUUAUAUAUACUUCGUACGCUGAGGACGGUCUUACAGUAAUGACGGUGCCGACAUGUUACCGAGGACUGUGCGUGGAGCCUCAACGGACUUUUGCCAUCCCUCGCCAUCCAUCUCAAGGGUGGACCGCAACCAUUUUGAUCACAUCAAUCUGGAACUCCAACAAAGCGAAUAAAACGCAGAGCCACACCUCAAGUCACUGUAUAUAGGGCGUUCAAUGGUGUAUGGCUGCCGGUCAAUAUAACCUUUACAAUUGAGGAUUUCACUGGGUACUCAUACGAAUACGAACACUCCCUCCAGGACUCGUACAGUACUGCUACUGCUAUUCGAUGCCACCAGCACGAGUAGUAGAGCACUCGUACUAGCCUCCCAGACUAUCACCACCUGCACCGUUAUCUUCCACCAUGCCCGAAACUCUCUCUGCCACUUGGCUGCUCCAUCAUCCGCUUCGAAGCCUGGUGGUGUUGUUCGCUGCGUGGAAGACUUUUCUGCUGCUCAUUGCUUGUUGUAGCCCAGGCGAAGGCUAUGAUACUUCUACCAGCUUGGUUAUGUCGCCGCUGGGGGGCAAUGGAAUGAUUGCUCUACCUACCGCCUUUCAAUACCUAGCCAAGAAACUCACCAGGUGGGAUGCCAUCUACUUCCUUCAGACAUCCAGUCGUGGAUACCUAUUUGAGCAAGAAUGGGCAUUUGGAUGGGGAUUUACCCGACUCAUCCAUUUCUUUGCUUCGGGUGAGUUCUAGUCAACAUCCCUAAAUGAGAGCUCUACCUUUACUGACGAGACUGCUUUGUUGAGUUCUCAGAGAAGUUGGUGUUCCCAGCUACAAUGGCUUAGAGAGCUGCUUGGCUAUUCUCAUUGCCCACUCAUCGCAUUUGUUUUCCGUGCUCUGUCUAUUUAAGCUCAGUUUCGCUGUCUUGCCAGAUUGUACUACCAAGUUUGCCUUUACUUCCGCAGCAUUGCACAUCCUUUCGCCGGCAGGCUUGUUUCUUUCUGCUCCAUAUGCUGAGAGCUCAUGCGCCUUGUUGAGCUUUGCUGGGAGCUUGGUGUUCAUUGCCAGCUUAGCCAACGACGGUCAAGAAUCAUUAGGUCACGAUCUUUUGGUAGUCGUCUCUGGUGUAUUGUUUGCUAUUGCAACUACCUUUCGAAGCAAUGGAAUUCUCAAUGGUCUGUUACUUCUCCAAGAGGCUGUUCGGACUCUUUUGAAACUUAGCUAUGGUCUUCGAGUGGCUACUGUACGGCGACUAAUUUUCACUGGCUUUGGGGGGCUAGUUGUUGGAGGCGGUCUCCUUGUCCCUCAGUAUAUCGCCUGGAGCGAAUACUGCACCGAGUUGGAGGUUGAAGUACUGAGGCCUUGGUGCAAUAAGACCGUUCCAAGUAUCUAUGCUUUUGUUCAAGAUCAUUACUGGUAUAUUGUCCUUUUUUUCAAAUGUCACAAUCCAGGCGUAGUUCGCUAAUGCAAUUAGGAAUGUUGGCUUAUUCCGAUAUUGGACAGUCUCCAAUGUUCCCCUCUUCCUUCUCGCCACCCCAAUGUCAAUCCUGGCUGUAGUGUCUGGAAUAUGGGCGUCAGCGUAUGCCCAAGAACCCAAAUCAAGGGCUAGCACAAACAGCGGCUGGGUUAUCAAAAACAUGGCCAUAUCCCAACUGUUAUUAACUACGAUCACUUGGACCAGCGCCCAUGUACAAAUCAUCACAAGGAUCUCCUCUUCCUUUCCCAUCUGGGUAUGGUACAUAGCAACAUUGGUGCAGAAGAACGAGGACCUCUGGGGUGGGAAUACUGUAAGAUAUAUGUUCAUGUAUGCUGUGAUACAAGGAGGAUUGUUCGCCUCCUUCCUCCCUCCAGCAUAAACAAAUGUGUUUGGUGGAAGUA